AUGCAUCUAUCUCUGGCCAUCUUGUCGUUUCUGGCUGUGUGCAGUCAUGCGAUUCCAUUUAACAUACAGACACGAGAUGUUCCAGCCGACGAAUUAACGCAAUUCCACUUCUGGGUCGAGUAUGCUGCGGCAUCAUAUUGUCAUGACAACUAUGUUGCCAAAACCGGUCACAAAUUGACAUGUUGGGCAAACAACUGUCCCCAGGUUGAACAGUCUGAUACAGAGAUCCUGUUUGAUUUCUCCAACACUACCAUCACUGACACCUCUGGCUUUGUCGCGCUGGACAAAACUAACAAGGCCAUUGUCAUUGCCUUCCGCGGCUCAUACUCAGUACGCAACUGGAUAGCCGAUGCGACCUUUAUCUACACCGACCCGGGCUUGUGCGAUGGGUGCUUCGCUGAACUCGGAUUCUGGAGUUCAUGGAUCCUGGUCCGUGAUUCCAUUGUGGAGGUCGUCUCCCAGCACCCUGACUAUGAACUGGUUGUGGUGGGACAUAGUUUGGGAGCCGCGGUGGCCACGCUCGCUGCGGCUGAUAUCCGGGGCAAGGGCAUUUCAGCCAAGUUAUACGCAUAUGCUUCGCCGCGGGUGGCUAACCCGGCCCUGGCCAGGCAUAUCACGGCGCAGAGCGGUAACUAUCGAUUUACGCAUAUUGAUGAUCCCGUGCCUAAGCUGCCUUUCCUGGCAAUGGGGUAUGUGCAUGUUAGUCCGGAGUAUUAUAUAACAUCCGGAAAUAAUGCUACUGUUCACACUGGGGAUAUUGAGGUGUUGGAGGGGGAGGUCAAUUUUCACGGCAAUACAGGGACGGGGCCGCCAUCUUUGACUGCUUUUGCUGCUCAUAAUUGGUACUUUGGGAAGACUGACGGCUGCAAGGGGCCUGGAUUGCCAUUGUAG